CACAAGCCUUUUUCUUCUACCUUAAUUUCAUUAUUCCAAACCUGUCUAGAAAAGAGAGACGAUGCAACAAGAAGCCAUGGAUCAUAGGUUUUCAAGUUGCCGAGGUGUAUCCUUCGAGAUCAAACCCCAUAAGGAUCCAUUCGCCAUUGAUGCACCUCGUGCUAGCCGAAAAUCUUGGGUUCCAUGGGGAUCUUCUAAAAGAAUCGUGCCAACUUCGGGUGCCAUCAUUUCGCGCUCCACUAGUCGAGCCAGUAGCCAUUUUUGUGACGUAGAAACCGACAAUGAAGACGAUGAGGACAACGUGCUGAUCAACAUAGAAGAAGGCUACGAGUUAGACAACGUCUCUGAGCUACCAAUCCCAAAUUCAGCUAAAGAACAAGAACUCCCAAAAGCUGCGAGCAAGAAAGUUGUUUCAAAGCCAACUAAACCCAAAGAGUCGCGAUUGUCCGUGAUCUUGCUCGAUCAAGGCUUGUUCACGGUGUAUAAGAGACUCUUUAUGGUUUGUUUGGCUCUUAACAUUACAGGGUUAUCUCUUGCUGCCACAGGACAUUUUCCAUACGCUAGAAACCAUGCUACUGUUUUCUCUAUAGGCAACCUUCUUGCUCUAACACUAUGUCGAAGUGAAGCCUUCUUACGCAUAGUGUUUUGGCUUGCGGUUAACCUAUUGGGCCAUUCUUGGGUACCUUUACGCCUCAAAACCGCUACCACCUCUUUACUUCAAUCUCUAGGUGGGAUUCAUAGUAGUUGUGGCGUUUCUUCGGUCGCUUGGCUUACAUAUUCUCUAAUUCUUACCCUCAAAGACAGAGACAACACUUCAAAUUUGAUAAUUGGUGUCGCCUCAACCAUCCUCUUGCUUCUCUGCCUUUGUUGCCUGGCGGCGUUCCCACUCGUCCGCCACCUUCACCAUAACGUGUUCGAAAGAACUCACCGGUUCACUGGUUGGACCUCCUUGAUUCUUCUUUGGGCUUUUAUCGUGCUGACAAAGUCGUAUGAACCAGACACAAAAUCUUACAGGAAAGAUGUAGGAUCAAUAUUGGUUAAAGAGCAAGAAUUCUGGUUAACCUUGGCUGUAACCAUUCUAAUCAUCAUCCCGUGGGUGACCGUGAGGCGGGUUGCGGUCAAGGUCUCCGCACCAUCAGGUCACGCCUCAAUAAUAAGGUUCGCUGGAGGAGUAAAACCUGGGAUACUAGGUCGGAUUAGUCCGUCGCCGAUGUCCGAAUGGCAUGCUUUUGGGAUCAUUUCUGAUGGAAAAGAAGAGCACAUGAUGCUAGCCGGUGCAGUUGGUGACUUUACAAAAUCACUAGUGUCGAACCCACCAAGCCAUUUAUGGGUUCGACAAGUCCAUUUUGCUGGUCUACCUUAUCUAGUUAACAUGUACAAUCGUGUUUUGGUGGUGGCAACCGGUUCUGGUAUUUGUGUAUUUCUGUCCUUCUUACUACAACAAGGUCCAGCGGAGGUGUGCUUGUUGUGGGUAGCUAAAGGGAUUGAACAAAACUUUGGGAAAGAAAUUAAGGAGUGGGUGAGUAGGCAUCCGAAAGAGAAGGUGAUAGUUCAUGACACCGCGGUUAUGGGGAGGCCUAAUGUUUCGGAGAUGAGUGUUGCAGCGGCAAGGAACUGGGGUGCGGAGGUGGUGAUUGUCACAAGUAACCCUGAAGGUAGUCGAGAUGUGGUGAAUGCUUGUAAGAGUAAAGGGAUCCCAGCUUUUGGUCCCAUUUGGGACUCUUAGCUAAAUAAACAUAUCACAAAAUUAACAAGUGGCUUGUUGUUACGACUCAAAAGAUCUCUAAGGUGUUUGGUAUCCAAGAGAUUAAUAAAAUGCUAAUUACGUUCCCGGAAAUACAACAUUCGAUGUAUCCUGUGUAUUUAUCUGUAAAAAUUUAUGUCUUAUACAAUAAAAUGUAAUGUAAUAUUGAUGGUUUGUAAAUCCUUGGGUCUUCUAUCCUG